AUGAGAUUCUUCACUACCCUCGCAUAUGCUGUCGCUGGCUUCACCAUGGUCACAGCUGUAGAGAGAGACAGCUCGGCCACGCCAGCAGCAAACCCCUCUGGCUGGGACUAUGGCAGCACCUCACUUGCCCGCAAACAGAAAGCAACCGUGACCAGCUCGGACUACGGAAGCACGCAUGCUGUUCGAAGAAAUGAAGACAAGUCGGCUGACUGGGACUAUGGAGCUGUCACGUCCUCCAACUCCAUUGUUCGUGCUGCUCGACGAACAGCUUCGGCUGCUUGGGACUAUGGCUCCAACACUUCGGAGGAUUCUAGCGCCAAACGUCAUUGA